AUGCUUCUGACACUUCCCAGCGACAUCUCCCUCUACAUUCUGUCAUUUCUGUCUAUCCGUGAUUUGGCCUCACUCCUGCGCACGUCCCACCAGGCGCAUGGUCUCAUUGAAGACAAUCAUCAAACGGUAUAUCAUCAAGCUGCCAUCCUGCACCAAUUUGCCCCUCCGAGUAUAUCUCUUUCGGACACUUUACUGUCUACGUCGAGUAGGGAGAAGUGGCUUGAUGAUGUGACAACUUGGAAAGAAUUCUGCAAGCAAGGCAGACGAUGGACGAUUCUGGAGCGAAAUUGGGACGGACGCGGAUCAGUCAUGGAGGGCGGAUUCACGGACGAAGAGGGCACUCUGCAUUUUCGAGUCGAUGAAGAGCAAAAGACGAUAUUGACUAUCUCUAACGCAGGCCGACUGGCUGUCCGCGCCAUGGAAGACUUCUCGAAUGUCUUGUGGCAAUUCAGCGAAAAAUAUAUUGCACGGAGAAGAAUGGAAUACUCGCAGGGAUUCCUGGUUUUCCCGAGCACCUACCGGGGCCUUGAAGUUUGGCGACGCUCUGCAGAUGUUGAGCUUGUCAGAGGACACCUUCUGAAUAGCAAUGUGGCUUCAACACCAAUUCGCGAACCUUCCCCUGCAGCGGUGCUCGAUUUCCAGUUCCUAGAGGCUGAUGCCUGCGCAAAGAGAGUGCCGCUUGCCGCUCCUGGGCAAUUGCGUGGACGGUUUACGCCCCACGCGUACCUGGGGAGUCCGAAUUUGGCCACCAUCCACAUGAUGCGCCUGAAGUUCCCUCUACUGGCGGUGAUUGCCAAUCAAGACUGGGGUACCGUAUGGUUAUUCGACGUGCAGACGGGUGCGCUACUGCAGAAGAUAUCGAUCGGAACGGGCACGGUAGUGGGCGCACCACCUGGUUUCCGGUUUCCAGCCGCGCAGGAGAGAGUUGUGAUGGAUAUAGACGUGACGGAAAAGUACUUGUGCGUCGGCAUGCACGCGGCGGUGGUCGUCGUGCCAUGGCGCGCGUCAGUAGAACUGUUGGCGGAGGAAGCUGACAACGAAGCACGCAUGUUAGUGCUGUCGGAGAUCGAGCCCCCCAGCUCGCUGCAAGAAGCGGCCUUGCAGCUGCGAAAAGUUUCCAAUUCGCGUCGCACGGGCGAUGCGCGCUCUGCCAGAUUACCGAAUGGAAGCAUUGCAUCCUGUGUUGCUGGUAUGGAUGCGAUGGAACUGUUUGAGGUCGUGCCUCCGUCCAACGAUCCGCGAUCUGCGAAUAGUCAGGCCCUGAUUCCGAUGAGCCGGAUGCGUGUACAGCCGUGUUUUGUUGCUGCACGGUUCUCUCCAGAUGGCCGGCACUUUGCUGCGGUGACCGUGUCCGGGCUGCUCUAUCUGAUUGCAGAUUUUGCACGGGUGGAGCGAGGUGCCAUCUCCUUUGAUGAAAUUGCUCGACGAAUUUAUUUGGGUGAAUGGCUUAGAGACCUUGUUUGGGAGGAGCAACAACGGCGAUUGCUGGUGCAGAGCGCGUCAGAGGAAAUAUUCUUAAUCGAUUUAGAUUCCUCCUUUCACGAUCCAUACUCGGGGCCCGGUCAUUAUUUUGGUGUGAAGGCAGCGGUCAACGAUCCCUUCUCUCAUAUAUCCGUCUUCCGUCUCUCCGAUUUCAGCAGGUCGAACUUAGAAGGGUCAGGACUAGGUGCGCGCCUCCAUGGUUCAGCCUUUCGAGGAGCGCAGGUUACUCGUACAACAAUAUGGAAAGUUUGGGAUGUUGAGCUGCUGGAACAGGUAGUAAGGAAGCGGCAGCAGGAGAGCGAAAAGAGCAUCUCUAGCUCUCAAUCACGAGCGAAUCAUGACAACGUUCGAGUCACUGUCCUGGAUGGCUCAGUGUGCUUCGUCAGCUUUACACCGGGUAUCUAG